AUGCCCACAAAUUCUGGAAAUUUCACUGUAUCUUCAGCGUUUCGGGAAAUUAGGCAAGCCCGAAACACAUCAAUGGUUUUUGAUAGAAUCUGGCAUCCUCGUCUUUCUUUGAAGACCUCUUUCUUCAUGUUGCGAUUGUUGCUGGGUAGGUUGCCAAUACCGGAUACGUUACGAAAUUUUGGUUUUCAUUUACCCUCAAAGUGUUUUUGCUGCCAAUCGGCAUCUGAAGAGUCAACCGAACAUUUAUUCUCCAAUGGCAUUAUAGCAUCAACAGUUUGGAAUUAUUUUGGGGCUUCAUGUGGACUCCAAGUAUCAGGGUCAUAUUUGAGAUCUCGCAUAGUGGGUUGGUGGUUGAAAUCAUAUGAUUCUGAUAUAAGACGGUUUAUUGGACGGCUACUUCCUUCUGUAGUAUGUUGGCAAAUUUGGAAGGCAAGAAAUAAAGCAAUGUUUGAGGAUGUCCAGAUGCGGUCGAAUGUCAUUUGUCAAGCCAUUUUCUCGGAAAUCCGAUCCAUUGUGGACAUACAUUUCAAAAAAGUGGGACGAGUACAGUCAUUUUAUCUUUUGUAUGAUUGGCCGAACUCAUCUGAUGUUGGCAUCACAUACAAACUUAUUCGAUGGGAAACGAAGGAAUCUGGACGGUUCACACUUAAUACAGACGGAUGUUCUAAGGGUAAUCCAGGAGUGGGUGGAGGUGGUGGAGUUCUUCGGGAUUCAAAUGGCCUCCCUUUGAUUGGUUUUUCGGCAUAUUUUGGGGAAACUACAUGUCUUCGUGCAGAGGCUCGUGCCCUCCUUAUUGGUCUUCAAACAUGUGCACAGAGGUGCUUUCGGAAUAUCUAUGUGCAAUCGGAUUCUUUGGUAUUAAUUGGAAUUCUUCAGCAUCGCAUUCAAUGUCCCUGGCACAUCCGACGGAUUAUCAGGCAGAUUUGGCAGUUUAUGGAAGAUCCGGAUCGUUUUUCACAUUGUUACAGGGAAGCGAAUAAGGUGGCUGAUGUGUUAUCCAAUGUGGGCGUAUCUCAUCCAGACCAGCAAAUCAAGAUAUACGAGACAUUAAACACGUUUCCAACAAUGGCUCGUGGAGCAAUUCGCCUUGAUAGGCUUGGAAUGCCUUCAAUUCGGAAAAUUAGGUCUAUGUAA